GAGACCACUUGCGGAAUCCGCAUCUAUCAGGAGAGCUGCACUCGCGCUUACUCUGUGACGCUGCUCAGCCUCGCCCUGCCCUACUCGCCGCCGCCGCUCUCACUGGGUCAGCAUGGCCACCGCUGCAGCCUACGGUGCCCAGCUUGGCAUGAGCCCCUCGACAAGCUAUGGCUCCCAGCAUGACAUGCAGCAACUCGCGGGCGAGGACCAGCAGGAGGAAAUGACUACCUUCUGGUGUCGUGCUCUCUAUGACUACCAGAAGUCCGAUGCAUCAUCUCUCUCGUUCCAGAAGAACGACAUUAUCGAGGUCCUGAGCAAACUGGAGUCAGGAUGGUGGGACGGUCUACUAGGCGAGGAGCGGGGUUGGUUCCCUUCCAACUAUGUGACGGUUAUCUCGGAGGAAGAGGCAGAGAUGUCCCUCACUGGGACAGACAUGUCUGCGUCCCAGCAGCCAUCUCUCGCCGAUGACUCUAUGGUGGACAUGGCUCACAGCAUGUCCAGGAGUCUAUCUCAGGACGACGAUUGGCUCAAUGCCGAGAUGGAGUAUUCCAACCCCGUCCAGACUCCAGCACCUCAAAGGAAUGGCGUGAAUGGGAGGACCAUCCAACAUAACGACUUUUGGGUACCCCAGGUAUCGCAGGAUGGCAGGAUAUUCUACGUGAACACACAAACAGGGCAGCAGUCGAGAGACCUUCCUCAGGAGGUCGAGUAUGACCCCGACGCAGACAUGGCUGCGCUGGGCCCCCAGACGUCCUCCCGAGCAGGAACCAGUGCUGGGCUUGGCUUGGCUUCGGCAGACGUACAAGACAAUGGGUAUGGCGCUGCCGCCGGGUUUGGUGUUCCGAGGCGGUCGCGUACACCGGAGCCGUGGAUGAGGCGGCUAGCCGACGACGGUCUCUCGUACUACUACGUGAACAAGCUCAACGGGGAGGUUUCCUGGACACCUCCGGAAUCCACCCCGGUGCGGGAGCUCCCGAGGACACAGGGACCAUCGCGAGAAGGAGGCUUUGGUAGCCGCGAGGUGGCGCCGACUACGGGUCGUCUACGCUCAGGUUCAUCUGUGUCUGCAACGAGGGAGCGUAGUGGCAGCCUCUCUGAUAGGCUCAGCAUCAGCUCCGAGGAUUCGGACAUUUUCCCCACUCGACGAGAUCGUUCAGGAUCGACACUAAGAGAUGUGGGGGCGAAUGGUGCCCGCCAGCCUCAGCCGCAUGCCCAACAGAUCUUCCUUACACCUCCAGAACAUUUGGCCAAGAGGCUGCAGCACGCACUCGUUCCCCCAGCCCCGGAGUCACCUAUGGAUUUGUCAAGUCAAGUGCGGGAAGCGAUAGCGGCAAUUGUGGAGCAUCUGCAGACCGUUGCGCCUCGCCACUCGGAGCAAUUCGAGGAGGUCGAUCAACGUGUACUGGAAGUGGUAUCAACGGUGCGGAAUCUACUGUAUGUCACGGCUACCCCAUCCGGUCACAUUCCCAGCAACCUUUAUCCCCGCGACGGCCAGGAUCCACGACCGUCAUCCACCGGUCAGUCUCUUCAGGCGCAUCUCAAAGCAGCACAAAGGAAAGUGGCUGGCACCCUUUCCAAACUCGUUCUGUCGGCUUUGGCCAUGCAGUACGACCCCGGUCUGCAAAACGGCGACAAGCCGAACAGGUUGGAGUCGGACAUCACGGAGCUCGAGCGUGCUGUCGUGGCUUUUGUCACGGACAUGCACAACUUCCAGGAGCAGAACGCACGGGGGCAGCCGUUGCCGACGAAGCGUUUGUUCGGUGUGUUCUCCACUGCGAGCAUAGGCUUGGGUUUGCCGGGGGCUGGUGUCGGUGCGACAUGGAAGGGCUUCGGAUACGUCGCCAUGGAUGCGACUGGCCAGCCGCCCAUGCAGGUUCUGUCCGCCAAUCAGGUCUCCGACAUGAAGACGGCGGUAAAGAGCCUUUCGGAAGCGUUGGGUGGGGUAACGAUGCUUCUGAAGCGUCCAGACCUGCCUAUUGAGCACGUACGCUUCGAGACUCAGAAUGCCAUUGCACAAUUAUAUUCCACGCUGGAAUUGGUCAACAACAUCGAUAUCGCGCGCCACGUCGACGUCGACGGUGUCAGCGUAUCUAAUGCGCAAUACCCGCCGCGCGGGCCCUACGCAGAGAUGGUGGAGAACGCUCGCUUACUCAUGCGAACGCUAGAGGCUUCCGUGCAGUCGCUAUUCGAUGAUGGAGCCACCCUGUUCAUCGCUGUCCAGAGUCUCGGACAGACUUACUCUAGCGAGGAAGACUAUGCGAUCCGGGACUACAUCGACGCGUUGCUGGUCGCGAUCGUCGCGAAUGCUAAUGUGUCUGUGCAGAGUCUGGAGUCCCUGCUCGUCGUAGGCUACGACCAGGCGAACUCGAGUCAGCAUGACUACCGCAGCUCGAUCGACUGGCGGUUGUCUCGCCCGCCGGACGUGUUGGAUCCUGAGGCACCGCUCGACUUCGAGGCUGCGUUGAGCCGGCCGGCUCCGAGAACCCUGCCCUCCGAGCCGAUCAUGAGCACGUUCGACAUGGGCGGCCGUAUGCGCUCGGACAGUUCGGUGGAGGCGCCGCCUUGGUCCAGCCAACAGUCCGUAUCGGCGACGGAGGAAACGCUUGUCGCUCCUUCGCCUGAGCCUUCGGAGAUUGAGGAGGACGAGGUUGACGUGCAAUUGCCCAAGUCGCCGCCUCGCGGGAAGCCUGGUGCAUCCAAGAUCAAGAAGUUCUUCGGAGACGAUGCACCGUCUCACAUCAUUGAGAAGAUUAACGCCGAUUCUAAGCCGUGGUAUUUGCGUCCAAACUACGACAAGACAGAGAUCAUGAUGGAGCCGGACGGCUCCGUCAGGGCUGGUACCCCUGCGGCCCUAGUAGAGCGCCUGACUGCACACGAACAAGGAGACACCGCGUUCAACCAGAACUUCCUGCUGACGUUCAAGUCGUUCAUGACUGUCGAUGACCUCUUCGAUCUUCUCGUGAAGCGGUUCUACAUUCAGGCUCCUCCCAACCUCUCACCGGCUGAGUUCGAGGAAUGGUCCAAGCUCAAGCAAAGUAUCAUUCGGUUGCGUGUCUUGAACAUUUUCAAGACAAUGGUCACAGAUGACGGUAUCCUGGAGAAGAGCGACUUGUACAUCUUGGGUCGUUUGAAGGAGUUCGCGUCCAACGAGGAUGUCGUCAACGUCGCCGCUGCCAAGCAAUUACUCAUUUUGAUCGAGCGAAGUCAAAAAGGAGGCGAUGCGCCGAUCAAGGUCACCCCAGUCCCCAUUGCUUCGCCAGCACCUCUAUAUCCCCGGAAUAAUCGGAAGAUCAAGUUGCUCGACAUCGAUCCUAUUGAGAUUGCAAGACAACUCACUCUCAUGGAGUUUGCGAUGUACAAGAAGAUUAGGCCAAUGGAAUGCUUACUACGGUCAAAGGAGUCGAAACCGGGCAAGCACAACGACAAUUUCUCGCAGAUCAUCCAGCUCAGUAAUCGGAUUGCAAAUUGGGUUGCAGAGUCUGUGCUGGAUCGAGAAGACUCUAAGAAGCGUGCAUUGAUUGUCAAGCAUUUCAUUACCGUCGCUGACCGUUGUCGUACUCUGCAAAACUUUUCGACUAUGACGGCCAUCGUCUCGGGCUUGGCUACCCCACCGAUUCGACGGUUGAAGCGAACCUGGGAGCAGGUCAAUGCGCGUGCUAUGAAUCAGCUACGGGACUGCGAGUCGACCAUCGACACGGCAAAGAACUUCACCAACUACCGUCAGACACUGGCGCGGAUCACACCACCUUGUGUACCCUUCAUUGGUGUCUACCUCACGACGCUAACUUUCAUCAACGACGGUGCUGGUGACAAGCUCGGAGACAACAUGAUCAACUUCCGCAAGCGGCAGAAAGCGGCAGAGGUCAUACAGGACAUCAAGCGAUGGCAAUCCAAACCAUAUAACUUCCAGACUGUCGCAUCUAUUCUACUUUACCUCGAAGAAUGCUUCAACAAGUACGCCGACGGUUUCGACUACGCCGAUCAGUUCUGGAACCUCAGUCUCGAGCGCGAACCUCGAGAGCGGGAGGACGAGAAGAUGGCUAGGCUGCUGCAGGAAAGUGGCUUCCUAUAGUUGUGCUUCGUGCUAUUGGACAUUUGGUGCUCUUGAUUGGUCUGUGCGCAUUGCUUGUAACGUUAUAUCUCUCAUACUUGACUUAUUCCUGCUGUAUGAUAGUUAUACCUGCUGUGGAUAUAUGGAUAGCAUUGGAUUUAUGUAUUGUACUCCAUACCAUGCCAUAAUGCUCAAAUCCACAAUUGCUAUGU